GAGAGAGAGAGAGAGAUGUAUGACAUACUGUGUGCAUCCAAAUUAGACAAAGAGAAUAGAUGGAAAAAGAGACAGUCAUCUUUUAGAAAGAGCCAAAACUAUAUCAGAAAACUAAAAAAAAAAACUUACUCUUUUAAUCCAAACCACACCCACAAAUCAUCUCUCAGGGCUGUUCGUAUCUCUUUCUUCGCCCAAAAUUCUUUAAUUUCUUUCUUGGGUUUAAGGAAACCUCAGAUCUUGUUCUUGUGGGGUUUUAGGGUUCCUGGGACUAAUUUUUUUAAGAAAAUGGGUAAACGUGGUGGGAAAAACAGUAACGAAAACUAUAACGGCGUUGGAUUUAAGGAUCACGGAGGCAGUGGAGUUAGGCCAUACGUACGGUCUCAUGUGCCUAGACUCAAGUGGACGCCGGAUCUCCACCGUUGUUUUGUUAACGCCGUCGAUAUGCUUGGUGGCCAACAUCGAGCUACUCCGAAGCUCGUUCUUAAGAUGAUGGAUGUGAAGGGACUCACCAUUUCACAUGUCAAGAGCCAUCUCCAGAUGCAUAGAGGUUGUAAACUCACUUUGGAGAGUAGGGAUGAAUACUCUUCAGCAUCAAUAAGAAGAGAAUACCCUGAAGAGGCUUAUCUUCAUGACUUGUCUUUACACACGAGGAAUGAUUGUCUUACGUGUUUUCACUCCUUUCCUCUUUCUUCACAUUCUUCUCUACGAAGAGGAAGAAGAAAGGAGCAUACUUUGGAGUCUGGUGGUGGUGAUGAUGCUGAUGAUGACUUCCUUCGCAUCAUGAACAUGAAGACGAAAGAAACGACGACGCUUUCAUCACAUCAUUUCCACAAGAAAACAGAGGAGACAAACCCUUGGCAUGAAGAAGAAUUGUCGUUGUCUCUAUCGUUGAAUCAUCGUCAUCAUUGGAGAAGUAUCGGAUCAUCAGUGAGUGAAACAAGUGAAACGAUCUCCACAUGUUCAGCACCAUUCGUCAAUAAAGAUUGCUCUCUACCAAAGAUUGAUCUUAACCUUAACCUUUCAAUUUCUCUCUUCCGUAGUUGAAAUCACGAAUUAAAUUUUUAUUUAUUAGAUUAGUUGUAGUGAAACAUUCAUAAUCUUUUGUUAAACUACUAGGAUUUCUUGUUUUCCAAAGAUUUAAAGUCAAUUGAAGAAAUUUUGAAAUAAUAUGACUGGAUUGCUUUAUU